AACAAAAUGUAGAACAAGUUUUCCCGCUUAUACACACAAGCUCACUUCGUUUCUUAGCUCAGUGGAGAAAGGGGGAGCAUGACGUCUUCUUCAUUCAUCCUUUGAGUUUAAAAGCCAUUGACUCGAAGACGCAGAGACUCCUGUUUUCUAAGGAACUCAGAAUAAUUAAAGGAUUUCCUUUCUUGAAUGCUUUGUAUAUGGGAAGGUCUUGGCUUAUCAAUAGCAGAGGACUUGCACAAAAAGUGAGAAAUGCCAGUUCCCCUGCUGAGAAUCGAAUCCAAGAUUGUGGGGCAACCCGCGAAUGCCCAAAUUGUCAUCACUUGAUUGAUAACAGCGAUGUUAGCCCAGAGUGGCCUGGCUUUCCUGCUGGUGUAAAAUUUGAGCCAUCUGAUGUUGAGCUCUUGGAACAUCUGGCAGCAAAGUGUGGGGAAGGAAAUUCGGAACCACACAUGUUUCUUGAUGAAUUCAUCCCAACACUUGAGGGAGAUGAAGGAAUCUGCUAUACUCAUCCAGAGAAUCUUCCUGGUAUUAAGAAAGAUGGAAGCAGUGGUCACUUCUUUUACCGAACAAAAAAGGCAUAUGCUACUGGAACGCGAAAGCGCAGAAAGAUUAGCAAUGAAACAAGUUUAGUGAUGGAGCAUGUUCGUUGGCAUAAGACUGGGAAGACGAAAGCUGUGAUGGAAAAUGGAGUUCAGAAGGGAUGCAAAAAGGUAAUGGUUCUGUAUUCUACAAAGAAGGGAGAAAAGCCUGGUAAAACCAAUUGGGUGAUGCACCAAUACCAUCUGGGAAUAGAUGAAGAUGAGAAAGAAGGUGGAUAUGUAGUCUCAAAAAUAUAUUAUCAGCAGCAGCAGCAGAAGCAGACUACUGAUAAUGCUGGAGAAUCUGAUAUCCCGCAAGCCAUUCCUACGACUCCCAUGACAGCCAUCCCUAAUCCCCCUCGUGCUGCAGGAGAAACGCCGCUUUCUUGUGAUGAUUAUAAUGCCGCCCUGUCACCGCCUGCUGAGGAAGUGGAGGGUGGCAAGAAGGAGCGAUAUGGUUCUUUGUGGUCUGAUGUUCAAGUGAAGUGCGAAGAGUACCCAGGAUGUCUGGCUGGAGAAUCACAGGCUGCUGCUGAUGCAACUGACAUAGAUGAUUUUCUGUUAUGUGAUGAAAUUGUUGGUUCUUUUGAUUUCAACAAUCUGCCAUCUAAUCAUGCGACUUCUGCUAACUUUAAUCCUAUGCCGCAAGAAGCUAAUAACACCUCCUCAUCCACCAAUAUUGCUGAUCUUGUGAACUUGGAACUGGAUUCUGCGCCCGAAUUUUCUUUGCAGGAUUUGCCAUUUGGAUCUCAAGAUAGUAUUUCCAGCUGGUUAGACCGCCUUUGAGCUUCCGUUUGAAGGCAUUUGAGGUCAAUAAGGAGUUCUAAACUUGCCUGCCAUCCUAGUUAGUGUUACUGGGAAGGAUGUGAGUUUGUACGAGGAAUUCAGUUUUGCCUUUUUUGAGAUUUGACCUCAAUUCAUCAACCUUCCUUCAGCUUUGGAUUAUUAUGUUGUAAACUUAAAUAUAUCCUUGUAAGUUGUUGCGUGGGACUGCAUGCUUUUCAAUGACAUAAUGUGUUCCUGUUUUUUAGUA